UGUCUCCUGUGAUGGUCAACAACAUGGUCUUGUUCUGUUCUGGUCUUCAGGGGAUCCCCACUCUCCUGAUGGCUGCUGGGAGUUUUGACGACAUCCUGGCCAUCACCGGGUUCUCCACCUGCCUGGGGAUCGCCUUCUCCACAGGUGAGUCCAGGACAGCAUACCCACCUGUUCAACCCCCGACCUCCACCUUCAUCCUGAUCGUCUCCUAAAAGGUCGUAUCCUCCGAUCGUAGCCGCCGUUCAGGAUGUGGCGGAAAUCCCAAGUUUGUCUGUCCCUUUCGACCAAUGAGCUGUCUCUGUCUCUCAGGAUCCACCUGGAUGAACAUCCUGAAGGGUCUCCUGGAGGUGGUGGGCGGGGUCAUAGCUGGGCUGGUCCUGGGUCUGUUCCUGUGUUUGUUCCCCAGUCAAGAUCAGGUGACGGUGGUUUCUGUUCGAACUGAUUAACCGAAGAGUUCAAAGGUCAUUGUCUGAAUGUGGUCCUCUUCUGUCUCUGUACAGGAGGACCUGGUCCUGAGGAGGACCCUUAUGCUCUUGGGUUUGUCCAUCUUCUCAGUCUUCUUCAGUCAUGUGAUCGGUUUUGCUGGAGCAGGUGGUCUCUCUACCCUGGUCCUGGCCUUCCUCGCCGCUCUGGGCUGGAAGUCUGACAAGGUACCAGAACUCGGAUUACUGUGAUCUGGAUUACACUCAGACCAAGACCCCUCAGAGGUUGAUCACCUGCUCUGUUGGUACUAAGUCUAUGUUGGUUCUGAUCCAGGCCCCGGUAGCAGCCAUGGUGGGCCGGUCCUGGGACGUCUUCCAGCCGCUCCUGUUCGGUCUGAUCGGGGCCGAGAUCACAGUCGCCAAACUCAGUCCCAGCACCGUGGGUAAGUCCAGAACCUGCCGUCCCCGUCUUCUCUCAGGUGUUGGAACCGGUCAGAACUCUCAGUGGUCUUUCUGCGUUUAGGACUCGGUCUGGCCUGUAUCACCGUUGGUCUGGUGAUCCGCCUCCUCGUCACCUUUCUGCUGGUCCACUACGGAGGAUUCAACCUGAAGGAGAAGAUCUUCAUCUCUGUGGCCUGGCUGCCCAAAGCCACCGUACAGGUCUGUAGCUACAGAACCCCAAUCAGACCAGAACCACCCACUGGACCCCUCAAACUACUCACUCUGAAAGAUACCGUAGAACCCCGUAGAACCUCCACAGUGAUCCCCACAACCGUAACCAUCGUUCAUGACCUCCGUUAACGUGUCGUUCUUUAUCUGCGUUUGAACACGUCGGUGUUGAACGCGCUCAUUCUGGCGUCUGUGAGCGGCGUUCUAAAUUCUGUUCACAGGUGUGUCAGAUGUCCAGAACCUUCCGGGCCAAACCCCGGCUAAAACACGCCGUAAACACACCUUCAUAUUUCGAGGAAAGUCGCCCAAUCUGGCAACCGCAAGCAGCCUGUCUGUCGCUCCGAUGAACCGCCCUGAAGGGAUCGGAUCAGAGGACUCAGUGUUCAGUCCAAGUGUCCACUGUCCGUCCAACUCUUCUGUCUGUGUGUCUGUGUGUCUUUGUCCAUUCUAGGCUGCGAUUGGCUCCAAGGCGUUGGACAUGGCGAGGGACAAGGGGGACGAGACUUUCAUUAAGUUUGGUUUGGACGUGCUAACGUUAGCCGUGUUAGCCAUCCUGACCACGGCUCCUGUCGGCGCUCUGGGCAUUGGCCUGGCAGGACCCCGCCUCCUGGCCCAACAGGUCAAAGGUCAGUCCACACACACAUCAUAGACAGACUUCCUCUACUUGUGGGGACAUUUGUCGAGAUAACCGGCGCUUGAACCUCUUCCUCACACAUGAAUGAAUGAACUGGUCGAUAUUUCAGAGUUUGACAAGUAGUCUGUAUCUUUCUUCAACAGAUGAGACAGAGGGCGGAGCCACCAAUCAGACCAAUCACAGCGCGGGUCAGGAAAAAGACAACGCCACUCUAGAGAGCAAGUUAUGAGGCUUCUGAUUGGAUAAAACCUCGUAAAUGUUUUUAACCGAGUACCUGAGUGAGCCUUUAGAUGUAGUCACAGGUCUGUAUGUCGAACCUUCGUGUGUUUUUAAUGAUGCAGCAAUAAGUGAUAAUGUGACGCAGCUCAAGGAAGAACAUUUAUGAUCAUUUCUUCAUCAUUUCCUUGAAGUUAUAAUCAUCAUAUUAAUCAUUUUACAGACGCUGUAGUUCUUCUGACUUAGCGUCUCGGUCUGAUUGUAUUUCCAUGAAGAAAUGAUCAUAAAUGUUCUUCCUUGAGCUGCGGCACCCCGCUGUAGUCCGUGAUGGACUGGCCUGAGGUCUCUCUACAAACAAGCGUCUGCUGGAGGAGAGUAGGUGAGUUGUGUUUAGUCUCUUUGCUAAAGAAAUGAGUCAAAGUUAAAAAGAUGUUUGGUGUCUAGUACUAUGUCUGUGACCCUAUAUGUACUAACCUCAGUAGAUCAUGGUGUAGUUCUGUUCAGUAACAGAACCUCAUUGGAAAAUUAGCUGAUUUAACUUUACUGUGCUCUUGUUCACAUAUAUUAACUCGACAGCACAUAAAUCCAUACCUGUUAACAAAAUCAUGAUUUUAUUGAUAAUUCGGCUCAAUAAAAACACCUUUACCUUUUCAUUUUACUACAGUAGAAGUUUAUUGGCCCAGAUUAUAGACUACAGAAGUGGAGAAACGCCCCCUCUUAAGUUCAUGUUUUCUGAAUAUAGUACUAUGUCUGUGACCCUGUAUGUCCUGUUGAUGAAGUUGGUGAACAGGUGUACAGGUGAGCAGGUGAGCGCUCAUUAAUCCGCUUUAAUAAUUGACUUCAUAAUGACUUUAAUCCAGACUCUUCAUGUAUCGUCUUCAUCAUGAAUGUUUGUCUCUGUUCUCAAACUGACCUGUCAAUCAUGUUUAAUGAAACUUUUUCAAAACAAUAAAGAUCAAUAAAACAUCCAUGAACAAUCUGGUUCCUGGUUCCUGUUCCCACUCUUUGAGACGAAAACAAAAACAGCUGUGCCCACUGGCCUCAGGGGGGCGCUGUUCUGAUUGGAUUCCAGUUUGGACGGAUUUGAACCAAUCAGAGGUGAGGCUAUGGUUCUAACAGAGACCCGGGUCUGUGGAGGAGGAGGGUGUACUGAGGUCUGGAUGUUUGCUAUUUGGUUCUCUGUGGUACUCUGUGGUUCUCUGUGGUUCUCUGUGGGACUCUGUGGUUCUCUGUGGUACUUUGGGUUCUCUGUGGUUCUCUGUGGUACUUUGGGUUCUCUGUGGUUCUCUGUGGUACUCUGUGGUACUUUGGGUUCUCUGUGGUACUCUGUUGUUCUCUGUGGUACUCUGUGGUUCUCUGUGGUUCUCUGUGGUUCUCUGUGGUACUCUGUGGUUCUCUGUGGUACUCUGUGGUACUUUGGGUUCUCUGUGGUACUCUGUGGUUCUCUGUGGUUCUCUGUGGUUCUCUGUGGGACUCUGUGGUUCUCUGUGGUUCUCUGUGGGACUCUGUGGUUCUCUGUGGUUCUCUGUGGUUCUCUGUGGGACUCUGUGGUUCUCUGUGGUUCUCUGUGGGACUCUGUGGUUCUCUGUGGUACUCUGUGGUACUUUGGGUUCUCUGUGGUACUCUGUGGUACUCUGUGGUACUCUGUGGUUCUCUGUGGUUCUCUGUGGGACUCUGUGGUUCUCUGUGGUACUCUGUGGUACUUUGGGUUCUCUGUGGUUCUCUGUGGUACUCUGUGGUACUUUGGGUUCUCUGUGGUUCUCUGUGGUACUCUGUGGUACUUUGGGGUUCUCUGUGGUACUCUGUGGUUCUCUGUGGUACUCUGUGGUUCUCUGUGGUUCUCUGUGGUUCUCUGUGGUACUCUGUGGUUCUCUGUGGUUCUCUGUGGUACUCUGUGGUACUUUGGGUUCUCUGUGGUACUCUGUGGUUCUCUGUGGUACUCUGUGGUUCUCUGUGGUUCUCUGUGGGACUCUGUGGUUCUCUGUGGUACUCUGUGGUACUUUGGGUUCUCUGUGGUACUCUGUGGUUCUCUGUGGUUCUCUGUGGUUCUCUGUGGUACUCGUUGGUUCUCUGUGGUUCUCUGUGGUACUCGUUGGUUCUCUGUGGUUCUCUGUGGUACUCGUUGGUUCUCUGUGGUUCUCUGUGGUACUCUGUGGUUCUCUGUGGUUCUCUGUGGUACUUUGAGUUCUCUCUGUGGUACUCUGUGGUUCUCUGUGGUACUCUGUGGUUCUCUGUGGUUCUCUGUGGUACUCGUUGGUUCUCUGUGGUUCUCUGUGGUACUCGUUGGUUCUCUGUGGUUCUCUGUGGGACUCUGUGGUUCUCUGUGGUUCUCUGUGGUUCUCUGUGGUACUCGUUGGUUCUCUGUGGUUCUCUGUGGUACUCGUUGGUUCUCUGUGGUUCUCUGUGGUUCUCUGUGGUUCUCUGUGGUACUUUGAGUUCUCUGUGGUUCUCUGUGGUACUCUGUGGUACUUUGGGUUCUCUGUGGUACUCUGUGGUUCUCUGUGGUACUCUGUGGUUCUCUGUGGUUCUCUGUGGUACUCUGUGGUACUUUGGGUUCUCUGUGGUUCUCUGUGGUACUCUGUGGUACUUUGAGUUCUCUGUGGUUCUCUGUGGUACUCUGUGGUACUUUGGGUUCUCUGUGGUACUCUGUGGUUCUCUGUGGUACUCGUUGGUUCUCUGUGGUUCUCUGUGGGACUCUGUGGUUCUCUGUGGUUCUCUGUGGUUCUCUGUGGUACUCUGUGGUUCUCUGUGGUACUCUGUGGUACUUUGGGUUCUCUGUGGUACUCUGUGGUUCUCUGUGGUACUCUGUGGUUCUCUGUGGUUCUCUGUGGGACUCUGUGGUUCUCUGUGGUACUCUGUGGUACUUUGGGUUCUCUGUGGUACUCUGUGGUUCUCUGUAGUUCUCUGUGGUACUCGUUGGUUCUCUGUGGUUCUCUGUGGUACUCGUUGGUUCUCUGUGGUUCUCUGUGGGACUCUGUGGUUCUCUGUGGGACUCUGUGGGUCUCUGUGGUACUUUGAGUUCUCUGUGGUACUCUGUGGUACUUUGAGUUCUCUGUGGUACUCUGUGGUUCUCUGUGGUACUCUGUGGUUCUCUGUGGUUCUCUGUGGUACUCUGUGGUUCUCUGUGGUACUCUGUGGUACUUUGGGUUCUCUGUGGUUCUCUGUGGUACUCUGUGGUACUUUGAGUUCUCUGUGGUUCUCUGUGGUACUCUGUGGUACUUUGGGUUCUCUGUGGUACUCUGUGGUUCUCUGUGGUACUCUGUGGUUCUCUGUGGUUCUCUGUGGUACUCUGUGGUUCUCUGUGGUACUCUGUGGUACUUUGGGUUCUCUGUGGUACUCUGUGGUUCUCUGUGGUACUCUGUGGUUCUCUGUGGUUCUCUGUGGGACUCUGUGGUUCUCUGUGGUACUCUGUGGUACUUUGGGUUCUCUGUGGUACUCUGUGGUUCUCUGUGGUUCUCUGUGGUUCUCUGUGGUACUCGUUGGUUCUCUGUGGUUCUCUGUGGGACUCUGUGGUUCUCUGUGGUACUCUGUGGUACUUUGAGUUCUCUGUGGUUCUCUGUGGUACUCUGUGGUACUUUGGGUUCUCUGUGGUACUCUGUGGUUCUCUGUGGUACUCUGUGGUUCUCUGUGGUUCUCUGUGGUACUCUGUGGUUCUCUGUGGUACUCUGUGGUACUUUGGGUUAUCUGUGGUUCUCUGUGGUUCUCUGUGGUUCUCUGUGGUACUCUGUGGUUCUCUGUGGUUCUCUGUGGUACUCUGUGGUUCUCUGUGGUACUUUGGGUUCUCUGGUUCUCUGUGGGACUCUGUGGUACUCUGUGGUUCUCUGUGGUUCUCUGUGGGACUCUGUGGUUCUCUGUGGUACUUUGGGUUCUCUGGUUCUCUGUGGGACUCUGUGGGACUCUGUGGUUCUCUGUGGUUCUCUGUGGGACUCUGUGGUUCUCUGUGGUACUUUGGGUUCUCUGGUUCUCUGUGGGACUCUGUGGGACUCUGUGGUACUCUGUGGUUCUCUGUGGUUCUCUGUGGUUCUCUGUGGUUCUCUGUGGGACUCUGUGGUUCUCUGUGGGACUCUGUGGUUCUCUG